GUAGAUGAAGUGAGAAGGAGAAAAAAAAGCAGAAGCCAAAACAAGAACGGUGGCGUUUGGCGUGGAGCGUCGUUUCUACACGAACCGACCACCACUCUGGCUGAGGGAAGAAUGCUUGAAAACAAGAGAGAGAGAUUGAAAACCUUCCUCAGGAAGAUCGACGAGAAGGCCAUUGUCAGAAUCAAGCACUUCAUGAAAGAGAGCAACUACCCAGUAGAGAGCAGUGGUGGUGGCGGGCUGCCGGCCAAAGUGAAGAAAAGCAGGAGCAGCUUAAGCAAUGGCAGCAUCAAGAAAGUGGAGACCAGGAAAACCUUGAGCCUGGAGGCUGCCCAAAUCGAGAUCCAGCAACAACAUAAAACCCUCACCAGACAAGUAGCCAUCAGGUCGCAGACGUUUGAUGUUGACAGCAGAGGCUUUGAGAGGACAGAAGGCACGGGCACACAAAGUAGUUUCAUAAAGCACAACAAGACAUUCCACAAGUUGUUUCCCGACAUUCCUGAGAGUGAAGACUUGAUACAUGCAUACAUCUGUGCCCUGCAGAAGGAAGUGCCCUACCAUGGUCGGCUGUACAUCACAGACACCCAUGCCUGUUUCUACUCUUCAGUCUUACUCAAGGACACUAAGGUAGUGAUUCCAGUUUCCUGCAUACACAUAGUGAAGAAGCAGAACACAGCUUUGCUGGUGCCCAAUGCCUUGUCGAUCCGUACUACAGAAGGAGACAAGUACUUGUUUGUGUCGCUGCGGAACAGAGAAUCAUGUUAUCAGCUGCUGCGUUCAGUCUCUCCUCAGAUAGAGGAUGGUAGCACAAAUAGUAGCCCUGUCUUCUCUUCAGCCGAGAACAGCUUUGACAAGAGCAAACUUGUGAACUCCAGUCAGUCCAGUCUAGACGACAGUUUCGACCAGUUCGAUGGCUCUGAGUCUCAGUCUUUACAGGACCAGCCUCUGCCUAGACCACACAAAGAGGCAGUGCCUAAUGGAAACGGCUCUGCUUUCAGGACCCUGCACAUGCAGCAGAGUGAUAGCUCGUCUUCUUCAGAGGAGCUGUCCACAUCAGGUGGAUCGUGGGUUUGGAAUGUGACAGAAAAAGCCAAGUCCCUGCUGGUUCAGAGAGAGGCCAGCACCCUCAACACUCUACUUUUCAUUUACUUGAUUUUGGUUGUGCUGCUGCUGCUGUCUUCAGGCUACAUUGGCUUGCGUAUUGUGGCCCUGGAGGAACAGCUGACAUCCCUAGGGGCACUGCCUGAGUUCACUCUACAGAGCGGGUACCCCCAAGACACAUAACACUCAGUGACUGAAGGAGAGAUUGGUUGACUCAUGAAUGGAGGAUUAUUUUGGCGUCUUCCCAGCAGAACCCAGCAGGAGAAACUUGAUUGUACUCAAGACUGUGCUGAGCUGUUGGCUUGAGGAAGAGUGGCCAACCUGUGCAAUUUCAAAGACAACUUGUUAACUUGAAGGGCUAUACUUCCUCCUAGUGCAGUUAAAAAAAAAAAAAAGGACAUGCCACGACUUAGUCACACAGAGCCAAGCCAAAAUGCAUACACACUGCCUGGUUGCAGCGUGUCUGUCAUUCAAACCAAAGCCAAACGGCUCUAACUCAGCAAGGUGCCAUGCUAGCCAAGUUGAUGGGCACUUUCCUGGGGAAAAAAAAAAAAAACUGUUCCACAGCUGUGAACUUAUGUUACCCAUUGUCCUUCAUACAUUUUCCUCUCCCUGAGCAUGCAGUCUGAACAGGGCUAUACCAAUCAGCAUUAGCCUGCUGUAGUGCUUAUUAUUGCACCUCAACACAGGAAACGUAGUGCUAUGCAUAGCCAAAGAUGCACACUGUGCACGUCUAUUGCAUGAGUGCACGGAGAUGACUUUUAAUUGAUUUUCUAUCUCUUAUUUACCCUUCCAUCUAUCUGCAGUAUAUACACAUCUCUGUUUGACUUCAGUAACCUUUGGGUACUUCUCUUCGAGUGGCUCUUCUUAAUCAGCUGUGGGUUGAAAUGAUGAUAGCUGAGAUCUCUAAUUCAGAUCAGCCCAUGGAGGCUUGAUACUCUCCUGAUGGUCUUUAUCCUUUCUCUCUUUCUCCAAUCAGAAAUGAUUGCAGUAUUACCUUUCCUCGUGUUUGGCAUGAUUUAAACGUGUUUAAUGAUCAAUGCUCAGAGGUUCUUUCUCCAGUCUCUACUGGAUGAAUGCAUCAAUCAAUGCACAAAUAUUUAGAACAAUAGGACACGAGGAGGUUAUCUCAGAGGCAUCCAUGUGUCUUUGUGAACAACUUUUCUAUGACUUUGGUCUUCAAAAGUAGACUUAAAAUCUGUCUGCUUCAGUCUGUUGAUGUAUUGUCUACCAAGAAAAAGACGACCAUGUUGUGUUAAAGUAUAAACCUCUCUCCUUGACAGGCCUCUUGAGGACCAAGUGGCAUUUCUAGAAUUUUUCAGGUUAUUUAAAGUAGCACCGAUAAUGUAUUUCUAAUGUUCAUGCAUGUGUCUGCAAAAUUGACACUUGACUGAUACUGUAUAUGCAUUCUCACUCUAAUCACCCAGAGUGGAGAAUAUACAAAUACACUUGCUGUAAGGUCCAAGGUUUCAUCAGCAAGAGCAAGUGGUCCCAAAAAGAAAUUUCAAUAUGCAACAAAUUAUUAUGCAUGGCAAAAUGUAAUUUAUCUUUGUGUGCUGUUUUUAAAUGGAGCUUGAUGUUUUUGGGGAAGAAAUUAUGUAAGAAGGAAAAAAAAAAAAGUUGUGAGUGAAAGGAACAGCUCAAGUGAGCGAGCGCACUUUAGAAAAUGUGUUGUGCCUGUCACAAUCCAUGACACUGUGUUUGGAUUGAGAAGAAAUGGCAAAGCUGGUGUUCUGUGGUAUCAGACGGUGCUAAGACCUUUUUAAAAAAUCGUUUUCACUCAGGGGUGGUGGGCACUACCUGCCACGUGGUUUUAGGUUUUCAUCUUUUCCUUUGUCAUUUCAACGUUUAGUGCUCAUGAUGGGGUUCACAUUCUGUACAUCUUGGCUUUGGUGGCUUCUCAAAUGUCCCUAUGAGAAAAAAUACUUCUUUUCAUCGCGAUUCACUUGACUUUACUAACUGAUAUAACUGUAUUGAGCUUCUCAGAAUGCUUGAUUUUUUUUUUUUUUUUCCCCUCUUAUGACCCUUUUCAACUGACCUAACAAUGCAUAUCCACGCCACAUCUCAGUGAUUUGACAUCACCCUUGUUGUGGAAACUCUUCUUGACCAGAUGUAGCGGAUGGGUUUACUUUUGCUACACCCUGUUUCAGGAGAGUCCCAUUCAUAAUGUUUCGCUAAGGGUUUUUUGUCAACAUGCCAUAUACAGUACCGUCAGUUUUUAUAAUCCCCCACCAGGGGGUAGCACACAUCCACUGUCCUCGAAUGGACUCAAUGCAAGAAUCUCAAUGAUGAGGGCAGUAUUUGUGUGGUUUUGCACUAUUCAAAGUGUUGUAAAUAAUUUUGUAUCGGUUGUUAAUGUCCUUAAUUCUACUAUGGUCCUAUAUAUAUAUAUAUAUAUUUAUUUGCAUUCUGUGUAAUUCAAAGUAGUCUCUGUGAGAUGGCUUUGCUAUUGUUAAAAAUAAAUCAAAUGUUGCAAAGUAAAUAA